AUGCUAUCCUUGCAAGAUAAACUUGCAUCUAAUGCAACAGACCAAAAUUUCCUUCGAAGUGUCCUUAAGUUUGCGGAUAGAGUGAAAAAGAUGCCUAAAUCGAAGCUUACAACAAGUUUUCAUUGUUUUGGUGCAGAAGGGGUUUAUAAUACCCGUCUCACUAACACAUCGAUUGUUAAAAAACGCAAAAGAGGAACAAUUGCUGUUCAACCAGAAGCUGUAAAACGUCGAAAGGUAAGAAAUGGAUCAAGGCGAAAGCAACACAAGGGUCAAACUGCAAAGAACAAUCCAUUUCAAAAAGUGGCUGGAAAUGCUAAACGUGCACAUAGGUUUGCAGAAAAUGUGCAAAGAAAUGAGCCAGUUGCAAAAAAAGCUGGCAGAAGUAUGGCUACAAAAACCAGAAUAUAUGGAAAUUAA